AUGGUUCGACCGUCGCACCCUCGACUCAUGGCUCGCGUGUUAGACGCACUGAUAAAUCUAGGCGACACCAAAGGCUCAUCUGCUCGCGAGGUCCUCAGUUUUAUCCGGCAAAGCAACGUAUCGGCCAAAAACCUGACGGUGCAGGUACAUCGCGCUUUAAAACACGCAUUGGCCGCCGGCCUUUUAAGGCACAGAAGCGGUCGUUACAAAGUAUUAGCCACUCUGAAUCCCGUCUCCGUUUCUGAUCCGUCUACUAGCAAAAAGCCAGUUUCUAAUGAUCCGAAAGCCGAAGAAAAAAAAAUAAAUCCAGACGCACAGGCCCCGAUCGGUGAUGCGAAAUCUCGUAGAACGCAAGAACGCAAAAGAAAAACUACAUCACGGAGACGAAGCAGCAAGCGUCGUAGCAGUAACACAAAGAGAAAAUCCCGAGCACGUUCUCCGUACAAAAAACGCUCCACUGUGACCGUUCAAAAUCGAAAACGACGACAGCGAAAACGCGCGUAUGAGGACGAAGAGUUCGAGAGUCAAUCGCCCGAACAAUACGUCCUGCACAGACGAGACGGAGAGUCGUCCGCACCGUUCAAUCGCAGAGCGAAACGUUCGAGAGUAUCCAAGCGAGAGCUCGAGUCCGAUUUGUCCGAUGAGAGUGAGUGUGAAAGUGAUAUGAACCGAAAGCACCUUUUCCGAGCGAGUAAAUCACAGCGCCGAAGACGCAAAGUCGAGGUGCGCGCGAAGUCGAGGAACAGAUCGGCAUCGCGAGCUCGCAGCUCGCAGCUGCUGCAACGGACGGUGCAAGCGCGACAGCACGCAGCUGAGAAAAUCGAGAACGACCGGGAGCAGCAAGACGAGGAUCACGGAUCUGUGGAGCGCAGCGAGGAGCAUCGGGAAACGCAUGAGGACGUUGAGGGAGCUUGUGAGGCCAAUAACAGCAACAGCGGUAGCACCUUGGAGAACUCGUGA